CACCUACCCAUUGAGUCGUUAAAACUCGCUCUGGCUGGGAACCGGUACCAGGCUGUGAACCCAGUACCUACCAGCCUUACGUCCAGUGGCUCAACCAUGACACCACCAAGGUCGGUGAAAACACCCAAAACAAAUGGACACCGAAGCUAAUGAUUGGGUGGAACACAUUAAAAAAGAAAUGACAAGCUUGUCAUCAUUAAAUGAUGAAUUUCCAGUGUAUUUAGUACCAAAUCAAUUUCUCACAGUCAAAGGAGAAAUGGUGAUGCGUGUACGUGGAGGAUGGCUGUCACUGUGUGACUCCAAUAAGCGCAUAAUACGUGAAUGGGAGUUGACUCGGAUACGGCGUUACAAGGAGGAAAAUAUAAACACUUUUUGGAUUGAAUGUGGCAGAACGAGCGAAACUGGUGAGGGAAAGAUGACAUUUACAUCCACUGCUGCACAUUGCAUAUUGGAGAGAAUUCACGAAGAGGCAGUGAACCUGAUCAAGAAGUCAAAGCCUCCUGCCUGGACAGCUCAAGAAAGAAGCAAUUUAUCAGUACAAGUUCCCAUUGGUGUGAACAAACAACCAAUGUUAAGAUGUCCAACCAAACCCGACUAUCCACUGGUGCAUCAACACUUUGUUUCUGAGCCUGAUGUAUCAGAUUUUGCAGGAUAUUAUCCUAAACAGGUUGAUAGGCAGCCUAAAUUCCAAAGACCUUUGCUGUCAGAAAGUACACAUAGUUCCAGUCCACAGGACAAUUCAUGUACUGAUAAUAUUUCUACUGCCUGGUCUACAAAAGGUGGAGAAAUCCCUCGUCAAGAUGACCAGAGAGACAGUGGCUAUUUAGAUUUGACGAGUUUCCAAAAGAGUUUUAUGUUGCCAUCACCACCACCCAUUGCUGAUGACAUUAACCUGUUGGACAGUACACAGAGUCCACUGCGACAGAAUGAGCUGCAAGACAUGGAGGUAUUUUCUUCACAGAGUUCUGCAGGGCCUGGCAGACGUCGAUGUUUCACCGACCCUAAGCCAGAGGGUAUUCCAGAAGCUGAUGUUCAGUUAGAUCUACCUGGAGAUCACAUGUGUCGUCCACCACCUGACAACACUGACUCUCGGUAAGAGGGUAUUCCAGAGACUGAUGCUCCGUUCAUUCUACCUGGAGA